CUACUAUUUUCACUAAACCUAUCGCACCUUCUGCUACAGCAGUAUUUCAACGUCUACUUGCCUAGGCUGUAGAGGCUACUUCCUCCAUUAAGAAAGAAACCUUGAAAGUCAGUACUAUGCAGACUUCCUGUGGAAUUAUUUUUAUUUUGCUGCUGGCUAUUUUACAAGGGAGCAGAAGCAAUGGUAAUAGCACUACAUACAAUAUCUCAUCCACAACUAAAGCUCCACCUACAAUACAAAGAACUUUAAACAAGCCAAGACCUCCUGGAACUACUGAUAUCACUCUUCCUGUUGUGUACCAUACAACAUCACCUACCACCAAUGAAAAUGCAGUUACAAGAAAUACCAUAACAGAGAACAACACUCAAAGCAACAGCAGAGCUCAGAACACAACUACUGGAAUCAGGCUAUUUUCUACUCUGCAUGCAAUGGAGACAACAAGAAAUAGCACAAGUAUCUCUGUAACAAACUCCAACAGAAUUUUAUCUUCAGCAACAUCUAGAACUGUUAAUAAUACAAUGACUGCAAGCACCAUACGCAUAACUGGCAAUGAAUCGCCGAAAACAACAAACCACUUCAUUACAGUCACUUACAACCUCAGUUCUACUACAGUACUCUCCACCAAACACUCUCUACUGAACCCAACAGAACCAACUCCUACUAAUGGUUCGCCAACUAUAUUAUCUACUUCAAAGAGUGACCAUCCCACAAUAGACUUCAAAACAAUUUCACAUGCUACAAGUGUACAUCAGAAUUUGACCAACAGUUCUACUGUUUCAUCAUAUCCAAAAGAAACUAGUAAAGAGAAACACUACAAUGGAGGAAUAGUAUUUGGUGCCACUGUAGGAACCUUUCUGGGAUUUGCACUAAUUGGUCUAAUUGGAUAUUUUAUGUGUGGGAAGAGAAAGUCUGAACCAUUUUCCCAUCAAAGACUUUAUGAUGAUACAAGGAGUGAUCCAGUUCUCCGAUUAGAUAAUUCACCAGGAUCUUAUGAUCUGAACUUUGGAGAUCUGUCUUACUACAGUCCCUCCACCACAAUGUCAGAAGGACAGGACAGCAGAGGGAGAUUAGAUGACAGCAUUCCAAUGAAUGACAUGGCUUCAUCUCAACCUUCAACGUAA